AUGAUCGAGGCAACAACAUCUAAUCCCGAGUGGUGGGAGCAGAGAGAAUGCUGCGAUGGGACGAAGUUUUACUACAACGUCGCCACACACCAAAGAACAAAGCUAAAUCCUAGCCGUGGUCCACUGCCCCCAGGCUGGGUCGAAAUUUAUACAGAUGGAGAAAUUCAAGCCCUCCAACAGCGCACCGGGAUCAUUGCAAAGGCAGACCCACGAUGUUACGAGCCAGAUCACGAAAAGAGAGUGGCAGCUACAAUUCACGACUGGACUACGCACCGGGCAAGCCCUUUGUACAGCAUGCCUACUGCUCACAGCGUCUUGCGAAUCAUCUGGAGAGAUGUGGAAAUGCAUCUUUCCGGAUUCCGGCUGGACGUAGAAACGUACGAGAAACUGGGUACGAGGGCUAUAUCCAAUGCUAAGCUCAUUGAGAGUUUGGAUGACAACCUCCAAGCCAUCGAGACGUGGCGUGCUAUGGCCGAAAAACAAGUGGAAAAGUUGGAAACAGAUGCCGCCAUUUCCGGGAGAAACACCAACGUGGAGGGAUUGCGAAGGAAUUUUGACGCAUUUCGCAAUGCUGUUGAUGCAGCAGCACAAGAAAUGCAUGGAGGAUGGUCGAAAGUAGAGCACAACAAACAUUUGUUAGAGUCAUUGGAGGUAUUCUUUGCGUCAUUGAGAAGUACAACAUGGGGAUAG